GGUUUUAUUUAGCUAUUUGUUGAAGUUUAAGAAAGCCCCGAUUAAUGACGCUGUGACUCGCGCGCAGAACACUAAACACCAAACUGCAUUGAAAAAGUGACAGUUUAAUAUUGCUGUGGUUACUGCCAGUCGUUCAUAUCUGCUUUAACAUAAUUAAACCCAUAUUGCGAAUCAUUAGGGGAUACAUUCAAAUUCGGGAUAUAUCAAAUGUCGUUUAGCUCUCAAAGAUAUGGAGGGGCUUGACGAGGAGAGACUGUGUGGGAAAUGGAGGGUUGGCUGUGGUUUGUACAGUUACAACUUGAGGGAUGUCUUCACAUGGCGUCUGCUGAAGACCAUAGUCAUGGGGCAGGUCUUGUCCCUGCUGAUCUGUGGAACAGCAGUGAGCUGUCAGUACCUGGCCAUUGCCCAGGUGGAUACACCCAUGCUGCAGAGCUUCCUCAACUACGCCCUGCUGCUGCUCGUCUAUACUACCAUCCUCAGCACCCGCAAAGGUGAUAGGAACAUCCUACAAAUUUUAAAAACCAAGUGGUUGAAAUACUUGGUGAUGGGUCUGGCAGAUGUGGAGGCAAACUAUGCAGUUGUGAAGGCCUACCAGUUCACCAGCCUGACAAGUAUACAGCUGCUGGACUGCUUUGUGAUCCCAGUGCUGAUGGUACUUUCCUGGUUCUUCCUGAAGACUCGCUACAGGCUGGUCCACUUUGUAGCUGUGAUUGUGUGUUUGUUGGGGGUGGGGGCCAUGGUAGGAGCCGACAUUCUGGCUGGAAGAGACCAGGGAUCCAACAGUGAUGUCGUGCUGGGAGAUGGUUUGGUCCUGCUCAGUGCUGUCCUCUAUGCUGUAUCCAAUGUGUGCCAAGAGUACACGGUGAAGAACUUGAGCCGAGUCGAAUUCCUGGGCAUGAUGGGCCUCUUUGGGACCCUCAUCAGUGGCAUACAGUUAGCUGUUCUGGAAACUCAUGCAGUAGCGGAAAUAAAGUGGGACUUCCAAAUUUCCAUGCUGUUUGCAGUUUAUGUCCUGUGUAUGUAUGGACUGUACAACUUCAUGCCUGUAGUGGUAAAGAUGACCAGCGCUACUGCGGUCAACCUCUCUCUGCUCACCGCCGACCUCUUCAGCCUCUUCUGCGGCAUCUUCCUCUUCCGCUACACAUUUUCGACCCUGUACAUCAUCUCAUUUAUCGUCAUCACUGUGGGUUUUAUCAUGUUCAACGCCGUUCCCACGUACUCUGCUUUACCGGAGUCCGGCUCUAGUGAGGAAGACCCCGCUGAAGUGUUUGCUGAUCACACGGCUGAGAGCUCCUCAGACCACCUACUGUCAGCAGACAGAGACAUUCAGAGAACUGAGACACUCACAGCAGUCGCUGCACUGUGACUGACUGAAGAGAGAAGAAGGCCUUUCUGUUGUGGGAGAGGCAGCUAAAGGCUGCAAGACUGCAACACUCAGGUGUCUAUGGGUAUUUUUCCAUUAUAGGUCAGUGGGAAAAGGUCAGUUUGACGAAGAGACUCAGUUUUACAUUGUUACAGAAGUGCACAUUUUCUUGUACUUAGCCAGAAAGUUCACUUGUUUUUGGUAUUUGAAAAUGCAGUUGUAUGACAUCUCAUUGCUUGUGGUGGUUAACAGUUUACAUUGACACAUUUUUCAUUCCUAUUUGUUAGGUAAUUUUUUAAAGAUAUUUCUUUAUUAACUGUGAUCAAAUAUCAUCCGUUAUUGCACUUAUACGCUAUACGCACCAAUAUGACCAAUGUUAUUUAUUGUCCCAAAACUGAUCAGUUACUUGUCAGUUCUUUCUCCUUUUUUAUAUUAAUAUAUUUUAUGUUUUACAAAAUGCAUCAACAAUGCUUUCUUUUUUUUUUUUACCACUGUGUCAUGUCAUUGUUUUGCAUUUAAACACAGACCAAUCACAAAGUUGUAUUUUACUUUUGUUGCCUAUGGUGCUGUUACAAUUUACAUUUGGUAAUCUACCGUAAAUCACAUGGUUUUCUUUGCCUUGUAUUGCCAAAAGUAAAGCAUGUUAACAUGCAGCAGGAUUUCUCCGUGACUUUACACUUUAAUAAAUGUGUCUGUUUCAUGGACGUGGGAAGUAAGGGUGCUGAGGGGCUGCAGCACCCUAAAAUCAGGCAUAAUAAAAACCAUCAGUUAAACUUA